AUACCUGUAACGUAACAGCAAACACGUUAUCAAGCGGAUCUAAUAAUCUCGUAAAGUGUCCACCACGGCGGUUUCAUAUUUGCAAAACUCUCGACAACAACACCCUCAAGGAACAGUAUCGGGCAGUGAAAUCAAUAUCGUACAUAUGUUAGAGUGAGGGCCAUGAAUCCGACUAGAAUGAAAUGAACAGGGUAGAACAGAUUGUCCAUUCGAGCUGUGAAUACAUAUCGUCUCUUAAAAACUGAGCCAAGUCCAAAUAAAGCAAACACACCUUGUGCUUUCUGUGUACAAUGCUGAAUCAGAAAAGAACGCCCUAGAGUCAAUUGUACGCGUUAGGCGAUCCCGUAAACAGUAAACAAGAUGGUGCAAUUGAUAAUGUAAUCAUCUUUUGUUCAACACAGGAUGAAGCAAAAGUACGAUUGCUUCCCUCGGCAGUCAGUCGAUUGCUGCACUUUGGAAUGGUGAUUGUCUUGGUAGUGUUACUGUUAGGCCUUGCGCCAUUCACAGUGAAAAGUGUACAUACUAAGCCAAAGAAUGAUAGUGAGUGGUGGAAAUCGGGCAUAUUCUAUCAAAUCUAUCCGCGAUCUUUUAUGGACAGCGAUGGAGACGGUAUAGGUGACUUGCGUGGUAUGACGCAACGGUUGGAAUAUUUAAGUCGGAAUAAGAUAACCGGAUUUUGGUUGUCGCCGAUAUUUAAAUCUCCCAUGGUUGAUUUUGGGUACGACAUUUCGGACUACUACUCCAUACAGCCAGAGUAUGGUACAUUGGACGACUUUCAAGCGUUGAUAAGAGAGGCCAACGAACUUGGAAUGGAAGUUAUUCUCGAUUUCGUUCCUAACCAUACCAGUGAUGAGCAUGAGUGGUUUAAAAAGUCCGAAGAGCGAGUACCAGGCUUUGAAGAUUUCUACAUAUGGCACCCGGGGAGGCCGAAUCCAAACGACGGUACGGCUCGUCCGCUCGUGCCAAGCAAUUGGGUUAGUUUCUUCCGCGGUAGUGCAUGGCAAUGGAGUGAGGUUCGCAAGGAGUACUAUCUGCAUCAAUUCUCGGUGAAACAACCUGAUUUAAACUACCGAAAUCCUGCCGUAGUCGAGGCAAUGAAAGGCGUUAUGCGAUAUUGGCUGGGGCGAGGUGUAGCAGGAUACCGCAUCGAUGCAGUACCGACCUUGUUUGAAGUGACAACCGAUGCUGACGGGCAAUACCCCGAUGAGCCGCUCAGUGGCAACACUGAUGACCCGGAAGAUCCUGGUUACCUCGUGCACAUCUACACACAAGAUCAAAAUGAGACGCUCGACAUGUUGUACCAGUGGCGUGCAGUUAUGGAUGAAUUUACACAGCAGUAUGGCGUUCGAGAGCGCAUUAUAUUGGCCGAGACGUACUCUCCGAUUGACAUCGUCAUGAAGUACUAUGGCAAUGACACCGUUCCUGGUGCACAAAUUCCGUUCAAUUUUCAUUUCAUAACUGAUUUAAGUAGAGAUUCAUCGGCUAAAGAUUUUGAACGAACAAUCAAUUACUGGAUUGAUCAUAUGCCAGCGAUGGAGACCAUCGUUCCUAAUUGGGUACUAGGCAAUCACGACCAGCACCGUGUAGCAAGUAGAUUCGGCGAGGACAUGAUAGAUGCGAUGAAUAUGAUUAUGUUUUCGUUGCCGGGCGUUAGCGUCACUUACAACGGCGAGGAAAUAGGAAUGGAAGACGUUUGGAUAUCGUACAAUGAUACUGUAGAUCCAGCAGCUUGUAAUGCUGGCCCAGACCGAUAUCAAUACACCACGCGUGAUCCUGAACGAACGCCUUUCCAGUGGGAUUCGACCAAAAAUGCAGGCUUUUCGACCGGAAAUCAUACUUGGUUACCUGUUUCCCCUAACUACACACGGGUCAAUGUUGAAUUACAGCAAGGGCUAGAAAGAAGUCACUUAAACGUUUUUCGUAAACUGGUUGAGAUGAAGCGCAAUUUAGCGUUUGUUCCACAUAGCUUAGGAACGUUUGUGCAAGAAAAUGUGCUUAUCAUUCUGCAACAUGCUACCAUCAGCGGGAUGCAGACCUCUAUUUACACAAUUGCCAACAUUGGAAGACAUCAGACAGUGAUCAAUCUUACUAUAUACGAGCCGUCGCUUGAUGUUGGCGUAUUAGGUAUUCUGAGUGUGACAUCUAAUCGUCAUGAAAAUGAUUUAGUCUCAAUGAAGCAUUUAGUGGUGGAAUCAAAAGAAUCUUUCGUUCUGUUGGCUUAUCACAUGGAGCCGGAAGUUAUACAGAUUUAAAUUUGAUAUUUGCAUUUUUCAAUGCAUAAAUACAUAACAAUAUAUAAAAAAUAAAUUUUCGGAAUAACAUUCAAUACGAUUCGUAUUCAAUGAAAAAAAGGUAACGGCGAUAGUUUAUUUGUGUUUUGCAUCACAAUUCUUACUAAAGAUCAUCAAUCAAUCAAGAAACGACACGAUGUGUGCAUGCUUACUUUCAAACGCCGGUUUAAAAUAAAGGGAAAAUAACAUAAGACCAAACUAAUGAGUUAACAUCCCAAAACUGCCCUUCGGAUGGCGGUAUGUGGCACCUGUGUCUUCUUGGUAGUGUUAAGCCAAUCAUUUCGAUACUGACUUGCCUGGACCUUUCGAGUGAGAAAGGAAGUAAGAUGCAUGAAAAACAAAAUAGAAUCAAAAUAACGAAAGAAAGACGACGUAGGGGGAAAAAUCACGAAAUAAACAAUAACACAGUUUUCAUUCUGAAAGAAUGCAA